GCGUGGAGCGUCCGAGGGGGCCCUGAACGCAGCACGCGGAUCAACCUGGAGGCGAGUACAACUCGCAGCAGCCGCACACGAACCGCGAACGCAACAAGUUAACGCAAAUAUGGCACCUCCGUGUGUCUACCGCACAGCGCGGAGGCGCGUUUAAUAAUCGCGCAGAAGUCGGUUUACAACUUUUAGUCGGGAAUUAGUCGACGUGUUGAGUUGGCGCCGCGGCCGAAACAAGAGUUCUGCUUUCGGUCGGAUGGAAGUGAGCGAGACAGGUCAGUUCUAAAGACAGACAGGUCGGUUUCGAGGGCUCCCGCCGGGGACGUUUGGCGUCGCUCUCGGUUCAAUGUCCGCAGGAAACUGCGCCGAGGAGCUGGACUUCCGACUGAUCUUCGAGGACGACGGCAGACAGGCGGCAGGUCCAGAUCUCAAUGUGAGGACGCCACCCUCCUCCACACAGGCUCUGGCCGAGCAGCCCGUCAUCCAGGAGCUGCAGAGUCACCCUUCAUACUUCUCCACCACAGACAACUACCAGCAUGUUGGCUGCCAUUCCCAGGGGCCCCAGUAUGUGGUCCUGGGGAACCCACGAGCCUUUGACUGCCCGAGUAUCCAGAUCACCUCCAUAGCUCCUAGCAACCAUGUGGAGCCCGGCACUGGUCACGAAGCUUUGGCGGUGGGCGGGGCAGAGGGGGGCUACCCCGAGGCGUCGUGGUCCAGAGACCAGCUUUACCUGCCUCUCGAUCCCUGCUACCGGGACCCGACGCUCUGCCCGAGCCCCUGCAGCAGCAUGUCGUCAAGAAGCUGGAUGUCCGACCUCUCCUCCUGCGAGUCCUUCUCCCACAUCUUCGACGAUUUUGAGGGGGAGCAAUGCGAUGCCGCCCGCCUCACCCUGGGGUCCCCCUUGGGGUCACCAGGGUCUCCGGGCUGUGGGGGUGGGGCCUUCGGCGUGGAGUUAUGGCAACAAAAAUACCAACAUCCUUCCUUCAGCCCCGCGCUGUCGCCCCAUCAGUCGCCCCGUCAGUCGCCCCGUCAGUCGCCCCGUCAGUCGCCCCGUCAGUCGCCCUGCCACUCCCCCCGUGCCAGUGUCACAGAGGAGAGCUGGCUGAACCGCCGGCCCACUUCCAGGCCAUCAUCUAGACCGACCUCCCCCUGUGGAAAGAGACGCCACUCCAGCGCUGACCCCCACGCCCGCUCGCCCUCCCCUCACCACUCGCCCAGCCCCACACCGAGCGCCUCCCCACGGGGCAGCGUGACAGAUGACACCUGGGUGGGAAGCCCUGCCGGUGCCCUCGGGCCCCUCCUGAUGUCCGGCUACCAGGAGCUGGACGUCCCCUCUAAGACCAGGCGGACGUCGGGGAGCCAGCUGGGUCUCCUUCCCGGUCAGGGAGACCUCGGGCUGGAGACCUUCCAGGACUCUCCUGGAGAAGAGGGACGUGAACAGGAUGGCCUUGCUGAGCUCUUCCUUCAGGUGCCCUCCCACUUCAGUUGGAACAAACCCAAACCUGGAAACCCCCCUCUGUUCAGGACCUCGUCUCCCCCUCCCCUGGACUGGCCUCUGCCCAGCCAGUACGACCAGUGCGAGCUGAAGCUGGAGGUCCAGCCCAAGUCCUACCACAGGGCACAUUACGAGACGGAGGGCAGCAGAGGCUCCAUUAAAGCAGCUACUGGAGGACACCCCGUUGUAAAGUUGAAUGGAUACAGCGAGCAGCAUGUCGGCCUGCAGUUGUUCAUCGGCACCGCAGACGACCGGUACCUUCGCCCUCAUUCCUUCUACCAGGCCCACCGCGUGACAGGGAAGACGGUCACCACAACCUGCCAGGAGAAUAUUAUAGGUUACACUAAAGUCCUGGAGACCCCCCUGCUUCCAGAAAACAACAUGUCUGCCAGCAUUGACUGCGCCGGCAUCCUGAAGCUGCGUAACGCCGACAUCGAGCUGAAGAAAGGAGAGACGGAUAUCGGGCGGAAGAACACCAGGGUGCGAGUUGUGUUCAGGGUCGCCGUCCCUCGGCCAGACGGCCGGAUGCUGUGGCUACAGACCACAUCUGUUCCCGUGGAGUGCUCCCAGCGCUCCGGCCAGGAGCUUCCUCAGGUGGAGAGCUUCAGUCCAGCCAGCUGCUCUGUGGACGGAGGAGAGGAGCUGCUCAUCACCGGAUCCAACAUCUCCACACAGUCCAGGGUUGUGUUCAUGGAGAAAGGGCCCGAUGGAAGAUCAAUGUGGGAAAUGGAUGCCAGAGUGGUGUCAGAAAAAAGCAGUGGAUCCAGCAUUGUGGUGGAGGUCCCUCCUUACAAUAAGAAGACAGUUAGUCCAGUCCAAGUCCAGUUCUACGUCUCAAACGGGAAGAGAAGAAGAAGUCUAACGCAGAGCUUCACCUACCUGCCUGGAGCCAGACGUCACCUCCCUGCUGCUGCUGGAGCACAGCUAGUCAAACAGGAGCGCUGGGAGCCAGACCGCAUUUCCCACAAUCCACCUGGAUUCAUCCCAGAUGUGGCCUAUUAUGGUUCCUGUGACCUUCCAGUGCACUGUGGUCCUCCUUCGCAGAAUGCACCUCAUCUCCAUCAUCCUCCUCCUUCUUCUGUCCCCCUUCAAACUCCCUUAAUGUUUCCUCACACCUCCUCCAUCCCGCUUCAUACCUCCUCCAUGCCUUCUCAGACCUCCUCAGUCCCCCAUCAGACCUUGAUUCCUCUCCAGACCUCCAUCGUGCCUCCUCAGACCUUCACCGUCCCUCCUCAGACCUCAUCGAUACCCCCUCAAAUCUCUGCGAUGCCUAACCAGGCCUCUUCUGUCCCCCUUCAGACCUUCACCAUCCCCCUGCAGACCUCCAGUGUUGGACCUCAGAGGGAACAAUCUCCAUCUCUGAGCUCCAACAGAGCCUUUGUGACCCCUGCUGACCCCCAGAAGGACUCUCUGCUCUCGAGCCCUGGACAGGUGUUGAGUAUCAAGAAGGAACCGGAAGACCAGCCAAAUCUGGGGUCCAUGGGCCUGCAGGAGAUCACACUGGAUGAUGUGAAUGAGAUCAUCGACAGAGACAUCGGCAAUCUGAGCGGCGCCGCCCGGCCCGACCAGCCCGACCGGUACCGUCAGUACGACUGGGAGCAGAAGUCCAGCGACGCGGCCUUACCGUUCCGCGGAGGCCGUCGGUAGUUGCACUGCUUCCUCGGGAGACGACAGCAGCGCCUCUUCUACUGUUUGCUUUCUGGACAAAAACAAACCGGACGGUCACGUUUGC